AUGACAGACCGCAAGGGCUCAGCUGAUCACUAUGAGAUGGCCGUGGAGGAUCCAAUCAAACCUGUUGACCCUCCAUCGCCUGAGAAUUUCGAUGGCGAUGUGAACUUGGCCUCCAGCGAUGGAGUUACCUAUCUCAUCCCCGCACCGAGCGCUGACCCAAGAGAAAGCUUCGGACUGGGCGGUCUGCUAAACCUCUUCAUUCCUAUAUAUGUCUCCGAAGGCAGAACUGUUGCAGAUAUCACCCAUCUCAUGACUUACCCUACAUUGUUCAUGGGCAUCGGCAAUUUCGUCGGCAUGCCACUGGCCCUAGCCAUUGGCCGUCGCCCUGUAUAUCUCGGAUCCUGCGUGGUCAUGCUCGUGGCCUGUGUUCUUUGCGCGACCCAAAAGAGCUACGAAUGGCAUCUGGCAGCUCGGAUGGUCCUGGGCUUGGCUGCUGGCCAGAGUGAGGCACUUUGUCCCCUCAUGGUUCAGGAGAGCUUUUUUCUGCACGAGCGCGCCAAGUACCAGAUGAUCUUCACUGCUGGUGGCAAUAUCUUGACUACUAUUUACGUCCUCCUUACAUCCUACAUCGGCAAAGGCAUCGGCUCGAGCGGUUGGUACGGACUCGGCUCAGGGCUCUCCGGUCUUGUGCUGGUGCUGAGUCUAUUCCUCGUUCCGGAGACUAAGUACGAUAGGCCGCUGGCGGCAUAUCAGGGCGAGGUCGCCAGAGUCAGCACAUUCGCCGGCCAGUCUGACAAGGACAUGCACCGUACUACCUCAUACAACGUCCAGCGCAUCGCCACUACCGACGUCCGUGAACUCGAUCUGGUCAACUUCAAACCCCGGACUCUGGCUUCGGACAUGCGCAUCUUUGUCAAUGAGCCCGACUGGGCCGAAGGCAUUCGCACAGUGCAGCGCAUGUUUGUUGUCAUGCUCUUCCCGGAUAUGCUCUGGGCAUUUCUGUUGAACGGUCUCACGCUCGGUGUGAAUGUCGCCAUGGGCACCACAUACGGCAACAUCCUCAGCGCCCCGCCGUACAGCUGGGAAAACCAGAACAUCUCCUUCGCCAUGGCUGGCCAGAUUGUUGUUUCCUUCAUUGGAUUGCCUCUACUUGGCUGGGGCUCUGACUGGCUCGUGAAGCUCCUCGCCAGGCGCCACGGCGGUGUUCACCAGCCACAGUACCGCCUUGUACCCCUAGUCUUUCCGGCCCUCGUCGGCGUCAUUGCCGUCAUUCUGUACGGCCAGGCCGCAGCGCAUCCAGAGCGCCUACACUGGUUCGCCAUAGUCUUCGCCGUCAAUGCCUACUACUUUUGCUUCGUCGGUGCGAAUCAGUCGGGCAUCGUCUACGCGCUCGACGCGUACCCCACGCGCUCUGGCCCGGCGCUGGUUGUCAUCUGCGCCCUUCGCGGCGUGCUCAGCUUUGGUACUUCCUAUGCCGUCCAGCCAUUCAUUGAUCUCAGGGGAUACGAUGGCGCCUUCCUGGUUUAUGGAAUCCUGACUGCCGUUAUUGCCGGCCUCGGCAUCCCGAUUUACUUCUUCAGCGCCAAAAUCCGUGCCUUUUGCUCUAGGUUUGCGGUACAGACGAGCGAUACCAAACCGACAUACUCUUAG